CUGAAGACUGAUGGGCACCAAGUGACCAGGAUCAGAGAACUUGAAGAGAGUCCUUUUGGGCUGGCAGUGGUUUGUGCAGAGGUCCGAGCUACACUUGAGCGACAAUGACCUCUCUCCCAGCAGCGGAGAACUGGACAGACCCUGCUGGAGGCAUGGGAGCGGGCGCGGACGCAGGGAACCUGAGUGCUGCGGUAGGGGACGGAGCCUCGGCGGGGGCGAUGGGGGCUGAAUGGCUGCACCUGCUAGUCCAAGCUGGCAACUUCUCUUCCUCUGCGCUGGGACCGCCUGUGGCUUCCCCCGCGCCCUCCCAGCCCCGGGCUAACCUCACCAACCAGUUUGUGCAGCCAUCCUGGCGCAUCGCGCUGUGGUCUCUGGCGUAUGGUGUAGUGGUGGCUGUGGCGGUCUUUGGAAAUCUCAUUGUCAUCUGGAUCAUCCUGGCACACAAGCGCAUGAGGACCGUCACCAACUACUUCCUGGUGAACCUAGCUUUCUCCGACGCCUCCAUGGCCGCCUUCAACACCUUGGUCAACUUCAUCUAUGCGCUUCAUAGCGAGUGGUAUUUCGGUGCCAACUACUGCCGCUUCCAGAACUUCUUUCCUAUUACAGCAGUGUUCGCCAGCAUCUAUUCUAUGACAGCCAUUGCAGUGGACAGGUAUAUGGCCAUUAUCGAUCCCCUGAAACCCAGACUAUCUGCUACAGCCACCAAGAUUGUCAUUGGAAGUAUUUGGAUUCUAGCAUUUCUACUUGCCUUUCCCCAGUGUCUUUAUUCCAAAAUUAAAGUCAUGCCGGGCCGUACUCUUUGCUAUGUGCAAUGGCCAGAAGGUCCCAAACAACACUUCACGUACCAUAUUAUUGUCAUUAUACUGGUAUACUGUUUCCCAUUGCUCAUCAUGGGUGUCACAUACACCAUCGUUGGAAUUACUCUCUGGGGAGGAGAGAUCCCAGGAGACACCUGUGAUAAGUACCAUGAGCAGCUAAAGGCAAAACGAAAGGUGGUAAAAAUGAUGAUUAUUGUCGUGGUGACAUUUGCCAUCUGCUGGCUUCCCUACCAUAUUUACUUCAUUCUUACUGCAGUCUAUCAACAGCUAAAUAGAUGGAAAUACAUCCAGCAGGUCUAUCUGGCUAGCUUUUGGCUGGCAAUGAGCUCAACCAUGUACAACCCCAUCAUCUACUGCUGUCUGAAUAAGAGAUUUCGAGCUGGCUUCAAGAGAGCAUUUCGCUGGUGUCCUUUCAUCCAAGUCUCUAGCUAUGAUGAGCUGGAGCUCAAGUCCACCAGGUUCCACCCAACUCGGCAAAGCAGCCUGUACACUAUGACCAGGAUGGAAUCCAUGACAGUGGUGUUUGACCACAGUGAUGCAAACAACAUCAAAUCCAGUCGGAAAAAGAGAGCAACACCAAGGGACCCAAACUUCAAUGGCUGCUCCCGCAGGAAUUCCAAAUCUGCCUCCACCACUUCAAGUUUCAUAAGCUCACCCCAUACCUCUGUGGAUGAAUAUUCUUAAAUCCACUUCCUGAGGUGAAAGAUUAGAGUGAAGUCAUUGUUGUACCUGUAUAGUCCCCAUUAUUCUGUGUAUUGAUCCUGUCCUAUGUACUCUCUGGAGACAGAAGGGCAAUGUUUAGGCAGCUGUGAUUAAGAUAUAAAUAUAACAAAGACACUACUAAGAUAUUAGAUUCCCUCAAAAUAAAAUGGAAUUUAAACUU